AUGGCUUUGAGCUUUGAGCCUUCAGCUUCCUCCUCUGCUUUCCAGGACAUAGCAGGCCCCAUGACCAUUGUAGCUGGCCUCUUGCUCCUGGCCCUGUGUGCCCACUACAUUGCCCCUGCAAGCUUUGUGGCCAUCUUCUCUUUCUGCUGCAUGUCCUUAAUUUCCAAGGAAAUUCCUGACAGCAGAGUGGUAAGCUACCAGCUGUCCAACAGGAGUGUCUGCCCCAAAGCAGGAAAGUCCAGUCUGAGAGGUACCCUGUCUGAGAAGCAGUGGGUCCAGAGGUACAUGAAGAACCUGAACGCUAAGUGGAAGAAGAUCUCUACUGAAGCUAGGGCAAAGGGCACCAAAAUCCCUCUUCUGAGACACCCUACCAACAGAUCCAUUUAA